AUGGCCGUCCAAACAGCGUCCAUGGCAUCGAUUACGCGCUCCAGCAGAAGGGCGCCCUCCACUGCUGCUGCCGCCGCUGCUCCUGAUGCCCACGCCAACGCGCCCUUCCACACAGCUCGCAACAGCACCCAGAACAUUCUCUCGCACGCUGCCAACGGUGGUCGCACGAAGCGUCACCUGAGCAUCUCCGACCGCAACUACGACCUCGAGCCUGUGAGCCCCGCGAAGCGACCGCGCACCGAGUUUGAGAUCGUGCUCAAGUCGUCGCGCGCCACGCCCCCGAAGCACGCUGCUGCGAAGCCUGCCCCGCCCGACGCGGUGCCGCCGACGCUCAAGCCAAAGCAACCACCAACACAACCACAAUCACAGCCGCAGCAACCGCAACAACCACUGCAUCACCCACGACCGCAACCACCACCAAAAAAGCAACAGAAGCUGCCAUUUCUACCCGUGAGACGCGAAACCGCCGUCGUGAGCCAGCCACCGCCUGCCGUACCCCCACCCGCGAAGGACGAUGCCGCCGCCCAGUUGACCAAGCACCGCGCCAAGGUGAUCAACGGCAUCCGGCACGAGCUCGACCGCCUGCAGCCCGACACCCAGUCCGACACCCACCCCCCUGCCGAACCCAAGGAACAACAACAACAACAGCAGCAGCAGCAGCAGCAGCAGCAGCAGCGUGGCGGGCGCAAGCUGCGCUCGCAGGAGGCGACACGCUUCAAGAGCGACCUGUCGGCCUACUUUCCUGACUAUGACGAGGUCAUCGGCAACGACCCCAAGGAGGAGCACCUGCUGAACGUCGAGACGCCCAUUGUCGUCGUCGACACCUUUCCGCGCUACUUCCGCGGCAAGGUCGUGGCGCCGCUGUUCACGCCGACCCAGGCCGAGCCGGUGCCCGCUGGCUACGACCACGGCGACUACCCCGUCCGCGGCUACGGCGACGCGCUGUUCGACGACCCCUUUGACUCGCAGCGCAUCAACUUUGACUUUCUCGGCAAGAGCUACAAGGGCAAGACGCUCGACAGCGCCCUGCCGGACGCCUUGUACCUGCCGAUCCACAAGAGGGCCGAGAGGCUCGAGAGGUCGAUCCGGAACACGGAAAAGGGCAGGGCGCAGCACGAGAAGGACCAGAUCGUCAGGCUGCUCGAGGGCCUGCAGGGUCACGACUGGCUGCGGAUCAUGGGUGUCAGCGGCGUCACGGAGAGCAAGAAGAAGUCGUUUGAGCCUGCGAGGCGGCACUUUAUCAAGGGCUGCCAGGCCAUCAUUGACAAAUUCCGUCAGUGGGCACAGGAGGAGAAGAGGCGCAAGGCGGAAAAGGAACGCGCUCUGGCGGAAGAGGCUGACGAAGAAGAGGACGACGAGGAAGAAGAAGACGACGAGGAGGAGGCUGGGGAGGAUGAAGAGGCUGUGGAAGAUGAGGACGACGAGGCAAAGCCGGAAAUCGGCGACAGCGAAGAAGAAGACGACGAUGACGUUCAUGCUAGUGACGGCGACCCACCCGACGAGCUAGAUUUUGACGCCUCGAUCGCGAGACAGCUUCGCGAAGAAGCGGCGGCCAGAGCCAACAUGGCGAAGUCCAGCCGGAAGCGACCACGUGGCGCGUCGAUUCAGCCAGAAACACCCCUGCCACCACCGCGGGAGUUCAAAUCAUUCUUCAAGAAGAAGCACGAGCGUGACGCGGCGCUUAACAAGCAUCGCCGGGCGGGGCGUCGGGUGUUGGCCUGGGGUGAGCCGGUGCCUGAACUCGAGGCGCGGGAGUUCGAGCUACCCGAGGAGUAUCUCGACCCCGAGACCAUGAAGGCUCACGCCCGGAAGAGGCGGCGGCAGCGCCGUGGUAGCAGACAUUGA